UUGUGAACUCUUGGUUACUAACCACUGGUUAGUAACCAGGAUAGGAACCACCGCAUCAUUUUCCCUCUAAAUAUUUUGUUUCACUUUUUUCUUUGUAUAAAAUCAUCAAUUCAAACCACUUGUUUAUUCCUUAAUCAGUUUAAUCCUUAAUUAGUUUAAUCCUUACUAUGGCCAAAGUUCAUUUAAUAAAUGUAGUUGUGAUGGAUAAUCCGGCUCCUUUCGACUCCCCGUUCCAAUUUGAAAUUACAUUUGAAUGUUUGGAGGAUCUCAAGGAGGAUCUGGAGUGGAAAUUAAUUUAUGUUGGUUCAGCCGAUUCAGAAGAUUAUGACCAAAUACUUGACUGUGUAUAUGUUGGCCCUGUUCCCGAAGGACGUCAUAUGUUUUUCUUCCAAGCAGACCCUCCGGACCCAUCAAAAAUCCCAGUUCAAGAUGCCGUAGGUGUUACAGUAAUCCUGUUGAGCUGUUCUUAUAGAAAUAAAGAGUUUAUUAGGAUAGGUUAUUAUAUCAACAAUGAAUAUACUGAAGAGGAGUUAAAAGAAAACCCACCACCACAACCUCAAUUUGAAAAACUGCAAAGAAAUAUACUCGCAACUUAUCCUAGAGUAACGAGAUUUAAAAUUGAUUGGAACGAGAAUGAAGAAAAUGAACAUGAGGAACCUGAAACAAUGAAUAAUGAAAACUCUAUCACUGAGACAUCUUUAAUUGAAAAUUCCCCAACAAUGCCCGAAGUAUCUGAAAAUGUCACCGAGGACAUUCAAAUGGAAAAUUGAGAAUCUCAAUUUCCAUUUGAAAAGCUUGAAAAUCCAAUGCAAUUAGCCCAUAAUGUCGAUCAAUGACAAACGAUUGUUGAUUACAAAAUUUCCCUUCAUCUAAUCAAUUUUAAUCUCACCAUUAUUUGUCUGAUUGGUUCUUAAAUCAUUAAUAAACAUUUCAUCAUUUCUCAAAA